CAUUACUUUGGUUCGAUAAACAUGAGAAAUGCGCCUCCCAGAAGCACCAUGAGAGCGACAUUUUGUAUGAUGCAUGGUGGGAAAUUAUUUGGACUCUACCAUUUUCUUGGCAGCAUCCAUGUACAAUACAAUAACAUCCCUAAAAGGAUUAUGAUAGAUUCCGUGAUUGCAACACUUCAUUUAAAGAUGGCGACCGCCGCAUCGAGCACGAGUUCCACGAAAACAACAGAAACGGCAGCAGAAAUGGUAACAGAAUCAACAGAAACUCACAUUGAUGAGUUCAAAAGUGUGAAGUCAAAGAAGGGGAGAAAGAGAAGAUUAGACGAUGAUAAAAUGGAAGCAGAAACAACUACGAAAAGACCGAGUUUUCCUCCAUUGAGUGGAGAAAACCUGUUGGAAGGAAGUACCGAGACGAGGAAGAUUCCAGUCCCUUCUCAUAGAUACACACCGCUGAAGGAAAACUGGCUCAAGAUAUACACACCCAUCGUUGAGCAUCUUAAACUACAGAUCAGGUUCAAUCUCAGGACAAGACAUGUAGAAAUAAAGAGUUCCAAGGAGACAUCCGACAUUGGAGCAUUACAGAAAGGAAAUGACUUUGUCAAGGCGUUCAUUCUAGGCUUUGAAGUGGAAGACUCGUUGGCAUUACUCCGAUUAGACGAGCUGUUCUUAGAAACAUUUGAAAUAGCUGAUGUAAAACCUCUGAAAGGUGAUCACUUGUCAAGAGCCAUCGGACGUGUCGCUGGUAAAGGAGGUAAAACCAAGUUCACAAUCGAGAACGUCACCAAGACACGCAUCGUUCUAGCCGGCAGUAAAAUCAACAUCUUGGGCUCUUUCCAGAACAUCAAGAUUGCCAGGACGGCUAUCUGUAACUUGAUAUUAGGAAGUCCACCAUCCAAGGUCUAUGGCAACAUGAGAGCUGUGGCUAGUCGGUCUGCAGAAAGGUUUUAACAACAGGCCCUGUCUAUAAAUACGAACUUGAACGAU